CGACGCCGCGCGGAAGCAAGACGGAUUGGUUUUAUGCCGUAAUCAAACCGGAUUAGUUUCUCGCCGGAGAGAGCGAGCGAGAGCGAGAGAGAGAGAGAGAGAGAGAGAGAGAGAGGAGAAGAGGAGAGGAGAGCGGCCGCGUGGGGGGAAUCUGCUCGUCGUCCUCAUCGGCGGCGGCGGCGUUGAGGCGGUUGCGGUGGUUGGGUGGUGGUGGGGGAUGGGGAAUCAGGUGGGAGGGAGGAGGAGGCGGAGGCCGGCGGUGGAGGAGAGGUACACGAGGCCGCAGGGGCUGUACCCGCACCCGGACAUCGACCUCAAGAAGCUGCGCCGCCUCAUCGUCGAGGCCAAGCUCGCCCCCUGCUUCCCCGGCUCCGACGACCCCCGCGCCGACCUCGAGGAGUGUCCCAUCUGCUUCCUGUUCUACCCCAGCCUCAACCGGUCCAAGUGCUGCGCCAAGGGAAUCUGCACGGAGUGUUUUCUCCAGAUGAGGACGCCCACCUCGUGCCGGCCGACGCAGUGCCCUUACUGCAAAAUGGCGAGUUACGCGGUUGAGUACCGCGGUGUCAAGACGAAGGAGGAAAAGGGCACUGAGCAGAUUGAGGAGCAGAGGGUGAUCGAGGCGCAGAUCCGGAUGCGGCAGCAGGAGCUCCAGGACGAUGCUGAGCGGAUGAAGAAGAAGCAGGCUGCUGCUUUGACCGAUGUGGUAACAACUGCACAAGUAGAACAUUGUGAUACUGGUGGCGCAUCCACCACAGUCAAAAGCAGUGGGCAAGGCAGUGAUAUGCUCUCAUCUCAAGUGCAGCAUGCGGAGUUACUGCUGAAGACUUCUGAACGCUUAAAGCAGAUGCGGAAUAAUAAUUUUGACAUGGAUCCUGACGAAGUUAUGCUUGUUGAAGCACUUUGGCUUUCUCUGCAGGAUCAGGAAGCCUCGGGAAAUCCAACCUGUGGUAACACAGUCUCAUCAGUACAUCCUCCGAGAAGCUUUGAAGGUUCCAUGACAAUUCCAGCUGAAGCAGCUUCUUCCAGUAGUGCAUUUGCUUGUGCAGUCGCAGCUUUAGCCGAGCAACAGCAGAUGUAUGGAGAAGCUUCUAGCACCGCUACUUGCCACACGUCAAGAUGUGACAUUCUCAGCAGGUCAGACAGAUCUUUUACAGAGGAUCUGAGCAUAAACGGGAGUGGUUCCUCAGGCGCUAGGUCUGAGGAACCAUCGAGCAACAAAAUGCACCAAACAAGGGAGGGUAUGGAGUAUUCUAAUGAGCGGUGGUCAGAGAUGGCCGAGGCCAGUAGCAGCUUUACCGGCUCUGAUCUUACAACAGAGGCUGGAGCUGCCAAUUCAGGUGGAUCCGACACUGGUGCUGGCAGUAUUCCUGAUAGUUUCGAAGAACAGAUGAUGCUGGCCAUGGCUCUUUCGUUGGCUGAUGCUCGGGCCAAGGCUAGUUCUCCAGGGCUAACUUGGCGGUAGCAUUUGGCAGUGCUUUAUUCUUUAGCUGGGUCGUGUUUGUUUGUUCUUGUAGUUCCUUUUGUCACAUAAAAACAUAGGAUUAGAGGGGGAACAGAUAAGAAAAAAAAUCUAGCCUGGAUGUUGUGAAUAUAGUGGGAUAAAAAUGCACAUUUGCAGUCAGUCUUUGCCCUUUUCUCAUGAUCUUUUUUUUUCUUUCUUCAGAAAGAUAGAUUCUGUCAAGCAGACCUUCUGUCUGCAUACAUUGUGCCUUAAUGACUUUUCAGAAUUGGUGUAAAUACAAAAAAGAAAAAAAAAACAUU